AUGGCAGGUGGAAGACCUGAUGCUCUUGCUGCAAGACGCGCUGCAGGACCGAAGAUCGAUCGGAUCCGAGCGGCCUUCCCAGACCUCGAGGCGGUGAGCUGCGGGGCCAUCCUCAGUGAUUACCAGCGCUGCCGCGUGGAGAACGUGUGCGCCCGCUUGAACCUGAAGGUUUUGGCCUUCAUGUGGCGCCAGGAGCAGCCGCUGCUCUUGCAGCAGAUGAUCGACGGGCAGCUAGAUGCUCGCAUCGUGAAGGUUGCAUGCAUGGGACUCGAUGACCGGCAUAUCGGCAAAUCAAUCCUUGACCCUACCUUCGCUGCGCACCUGACGCAAUUGGGCAAGAAAUGGGGUGUUCACGUUUGCGGGGAAGGGGGCGAGUACGAAAGCGCAGUCUUUGACGCUCCCUUGUACAAGCACGGACGCCUCAGCCUACCUGAAGGUGCGUGGCAAGCCUCCGCGCAUCCUGAUGGAGAUGCAGACGGGGUUGCAUUGAUGACUGUAAGGGAGCCUCCUGUCUUGGAAGCCAAGGAUGGUGACGGCGGACGCACCGUGCUGUGCCCGGUACUGGACGCCUACACUUCCCUGAAGUACUACCAAGACACGUUCCCGCAGAUGAAUGCCGAGCAGGUGGCGGAACUGGUCUCCCAGGAGGAUGCAAUUUGCUGGACAGCGGCUUGCAGCGUUGGCCUAGGCACCACUUCCAGCGCUGGAAGUCGAGCCCAGGCCACCCCCAAACUGCAGCGAGUUGGAGGCUUGGGUCUUUGGGCAACAUCCACCCUGGAUGUUGCCUCUAUGCAGCUCGAUGCAGGCGGCUUGGAUCCAGCGGCACAGUGCGACGCGCUGCUGGUCGCCGUGCAGGAGUGGCUGACGUCCUGUCAGCGCAGUCUGCAAGAGGCCGCCUUCGCAGAAGUCCAGGUCUCCGAUCUGGAUUGCUUCGAUGCGGUGAACGCUGUCUACAGCAGGCACUUUGUGGUAAAUCCGCCGGCCCGGGUCUGCAUUCAAACUCCGCUUCCGCCAGGCCUUCAUGUCCGACUGCGGCUGCUUCUUCGGCCUCUUGAAGGCGUCACCGCGCGGGACAGUCUGCGGGUUCAAUCCAUCUCCACCUGGGCCAUGGCGUGCAUCGGCCCCUACUCGCAGGCGCAGCGAGUGCAAAGGUUGCUGCUGUCCUCCGGGGUGUUGGGCCUUGUGCCCCACACUAUGUCGCUGCCUUCUGCGGAGGCUGUGCAGGCAUCUAAGUCGGAGCCAGACGCGACUUCGCAAGUCCAGGCCGAGCUUUGGAUGCUGAUGCGAUCGCUACAUCACGUCCUGCAGGUGAUGUCGAGCGGUUUCCACGAGGUGGCCCUGGCCCAGGUCUACGCAACUCCAGGCGUGGAUGCCGUGGAGCUAUGCAGAGAGAUUCUGGCCUACAUGCGCUUUUCCGCCCCAUCCGCGAUGCCGCUCGUCUCCUAUGCUGAAGUUCCGAGGCUGCCCAAGGGAGGCUGCGUGGAGAUCGCAGUCCUUUGUUCCGCUGAGCCCAGCUCGAAGGGCUCCCGCGAGAUUGGGGAGGGCGUGUGCGUGAAGAUUGCGGAGGCGGAUGCCUGCGACUUAUCCGCAGCACUGGCCUGCGUGAGAUCUUUGGCCGAGGGCGGAGGUUGCCUGGACGCUCUGCAAGUGCAGUUUUGCCCCCCGGAGCUGGGUAUCGAGGUGGCGCAGGCCGUGCAGGCGGCAAUGUUCGCUGAGACGAAGAUGCAGUGUGCAGAGUGCGCUGUGUCCUACAUGCCCGUGUGCUCUUUGAGAGCGAGCGCUCGCUUGAGAUGUAUUGGUUUUAUCUCCACCGCGCAGACAGAUGCGGCGGAACAAAUGGAGCAAGGGCAUUGCAUUGGCCGCACAUAUGCGAACGGUUGUUUGUGUGUUUGUGUCUGUGAAUGA